AUCUUUGUCAGCAGGCGGGAUCUAGUGGUCGUGGGCUGCCAGCAGCAGUCGGGCGGGCCGGUGCAACGAGCAGCGUGGUCUAUCCUUGUCUGACUGACACCCGCCGGGGGAAAAGUUACUCUGAGUUCGUGGACACACUGCCAACAUGUCUGGAGAUGACGAGACACAGGAGCAGACCAUUGCCGACGACUUGGUGGUCACCAAGUAUAAGAUGGGGGCCGAGAUUGCGAAUCGUAAGUCGGAUGCAGCGUGAACGUGCCGGUUUUACUCUGCUGCUGCGGUCCACAAGUAUCAGUGCACGUCUAAUGUUAGCUAGCACAGUCAGCUAGUCCUACCCAGGCGGCAGCUGUGCCAUGUGCCGCAGCUGUGCCAACGCCAUAUCACUGCAGAAGGCAGUUAUUAGUAAAGGCGAAAACGUGAAAAUGAAUUUGUGUAAUUGAAGCCCUUAUUUGUUGAACGUCACGUUGCUGUUGCUGUCAUGUUAGCAAGAUGUGCUAACUGUGAGGUUGCUAGCAUUGUGGCUGAGCUGCAAGCGUUAGCUAGCUUUAACUGCUAACGUAACGGUUAACAAUGACAAGUCCAAGAUAAUGAGACAUAAGGUGGAUCAAACUACAAAAUAAAAGCCCUGUAAGAGUAUUCAAGAGCUGGAGUCACGGUUUUACUCCAAACAGAGUUUCACGGAUACUUAUUUGUGUUCAGUGGUCUUAUUUAAAUUCAUAAAUGGAGUUAAGUAGAAGUUUAUUUCCACGUUGUGUCUGUUUCAGAUUUUAUCAGUAAUAAAAACAUCAUUUAACCCUUCAGUUGAACAACUAACCUUACUUAAAUAACAUUUUGAUACUAUUAUUCCAGGCAAUUUUAGAUAUAGAUUUUAAUGUAUUAUUUUGAGGGCCACAAACACAGGGCAUUACUUUGCAAAAAUUAUAACCUCACCUGUACAAAUGUAGUAAAUCCAAGAAACUGAUAAAUGUGAGUCUCUAUUUUUUUGGAAUGGGCUGAUGUAAAAUUUUAACCCCAAUAUUCAAUUUUGAACUUCAACAACCGCAGAGAAGGCUGAUGAAUCCUACACAGAAUAUCAUUCAGUGUCACCCUCAGAGGUCACACCUGUUAGAUACUCUGUUCAACCAUAAUCUCUCAUCAUAAUUUCGCUGGUUAUGUGGGGAUUAACAGCCAUCUGCUUCACACUUCAAGAUAAAAAAAGAGAAUAUUUAUUGUUUAGGGCAUUUACUUUUCGUUGUUUCAAUUGUAAAAGUUAUAUGUAUAUAUUAAUAACCCUCCUCUCAAAAAUGGCUUCAGCUCAGUUUCCAGGAAAUGAUCAUUUCAAUGCCAAGUGUGGUUGCACUUGCAGGUGCCUCACAUCAGAAAAACUCUGCUUGUGACAUUGUGUUGUACCUUCAACCCGCUGACCCACUUAUUCAAUGUCAUCUCUGAUUUUUAAGCCAAGUUUAUGCAAUAUCAGUUUAGCAAAAGCCAUUCAACUUUUAACAUCGUAUGUAGCCAUGUGCUGUCACAGUCCUCAUUCUUAAGCCUUGGAGAGUGUUCAUUAGUCUUUGCACUUUUUAAUUUUUAUCAAACUAAAACACAUUUGUCACUGCAUCAUGGCAUCUCUGUUCAUCCCGCAGAGGCUCUGAAGAUGGUGGUCGGAGCAGCUUUGGCUGGAGUCUCUGUGCUCAGCCUUUGUGAAAAAGGAGACGCCUUCAUCAUGGCAGAAACUGGGAAAGUCUUCAAGAAGGAGAAAGAUAUGAAGAAAGGUAAGCCUUGUGCACUGUAUUCAUCACUGAAAUGAUUCUCUGACUCAGCGCUCCAUCAUUCACUCUUUCUUUUGCAGGUAUCGCCUUUCCCACUUGUGUGUCAGUUAACAACUGCGUAUGCCAUCACUCCCCCCUGAAGAGCGACCCUGAUGUCAUACUGAAGGAUGGGGACCUUGUCAAAAUGUAAGCAGCCAGUACAGCAGGGCUGGGAAUCACCUACUGAUUCAUGAUACUUGGCCAAAAUACAGAUCAUAUCAGGAUGCAGCAAUACAGCAAUAAUGAAGUUGUCAAUCAAAGGCAAAGUACAGGAUUAAGGUUUUUUUUUUGCGCAAAAUUGUUUGGUUUUACUGAAAUUAAACAUUUCAUGUUGUUAGUCGGUGAAAUCCCUAACACUGAUGACAAAUUGUGAAGCUUAACUUGAAAAAAACACAUUUGAAAAUAUACACAUCGCAGUGUGUGAGCACAUGAAACCAACUUUUGUGUAAAAAAAAUCUUUAUAGUAUCAGGUCUUUUUGAAAAAAGAAAGGGAGAUAGCCCCAGAAGAUUGUGAGUGAACCACACAUAGUAAGACAAUGAUAUAGCAUCAGAUCUGUAGUUUGUCCUACGUCUGUACAGCAGGUGAAUCACAGUAAAUGAUUUAUGAAUGCUUUAAAUGUGUUUUAUUUUCUCUUUGUUGGCAGUGAUUUGGGUGUACACGUUGAUGGCUUCAUUUCAAAUGUGGCUCACAGCUUUGUUGUUGGAGUGACCAAGGUAGGUUUGUACUGUUGGAGGAAAAAAACUGUUCUUGAGCACACAUUCACACAAGAUUUCUGUGGCUACCUCUCAUAUUUUAUGUCAUAACAGUGGACUCCCACCUAGAUGUUCAUAAGUGCACUAGUUAAUCAUAGCAAAGUAUACAAAGAGAGAUGAGAGCAACCAUGGGGCAUAAAGCAAGGAUGUAAAGAGAGGCUGUAAGAUGAGCUGCCACUAGCUUGUGUCUCUCUGCUUUGAUUUUUUUUAAGCUUUGGGAUUCUCCACCACUAAGAAGUUUCACACACAGAGCUUAAGCUAACUUUAACUAUGUUUGUUUUAUGUGAUUUCUGAUGAGUGAACUCCACCGUAGAACACUUAAAUUAGGGUGCAGCAUACAGGUAGUUCAGAGGCUCAUGUAGACUGAUAUAAUAGUGUGGUGCAGCUAGUGCUGGACGAUAAUUCGAUAACAAUAUAUAUCGAUCGAUAGACGUGUGGCGCGAUAGAAAAAAAACGGGUCGAUAAAAAGUUCGAUAGAAAAACACAGUUUCCCUUUCUUUUUUAUCAUAGCCUAUCAUGUAGCUUUUACUACAGUCAUUACUUCCUCCCAACCAAUCACAAACGCAGACCCAGGUACGCUACAGCACCAAGCCCAGCCCCUCUCAAACCACAACAGACAGCACGUGUAUUAGAAAAAAUGUUACAGCAAGGAGAAGCGGAGGAAAUUGUCCCGAAAAAAGGUUUCAGUAGUUCACCAGCAUGGCAAUGUUUUGGUUUUUACAAGUCUGACAAAAAGCGAACAGCGGUCGUUUGCAAAAUUUGCAGAGAAUUAGUAAAAACCAAGUCUGGUAACACAACCAACUUGUUCUACCAUCUAAACCGAUCGCACCCGCAGGAGUACGAGCUGUGUCGGCCGCGCCGCGGCUCCACGUCGUCGGAGGAGGAAUCCUCUGGAACCGCUGCCAGCACCAGCACAAAGCAUGUGAAGCAGACCAAACUGGACUUCGUUUCUUGCCAAAAUACGACAAAGCGUCCGAGCGGCAUAAGGACAUCACCCAUGCAGUGACAUACUGCCAAUAACUACCGUUAAAAAGCCUGGCUUCGACCAGCUUCUAGCCACUCUCGACCCGCGAUAUGAAGUGCCCGGCCGCAAGUAUUUCUCAAACACAGCGCUUCAGGCAUGAAAACGGGUCAGGGGUUGAAAAGCUGAGAAGGGUGCGGAGGAAAUACGUUCCGGUGUUGUGCUGUAGAAUGCACCCCUGCAUCCCGUCCACUCAUUAGCUUCUUAAAGUGGAAGAAAAUGAGCUCAUACGCGAGUAUUUGGAUCAUGGCUACUAGCAGGGGGUGCGUUCGGCAAGGGUGCAUUCUACGACACAACACCGGCGUGGAUAAGUCCUGCUUCUCGUGCUCAGUUUGCGUAUUAAGUCAAUCAUAUGAUAAUUAAAAAAAAGAAAUCUCCCGACCCCGGGAGACACCAGGCUGUGGGCAGUUUCCCACACAGUUAAAACUGGUAGUAUGCUAUUCCCACCUAAAGCUAUUCUGUUUAUUUAUAUAUUUGUUUGUUUUGUUUAUUUUCAUCAAAAGACUAUUUAAAUAUUUAUUUAUCAGAUUUUCUGGUCACUUUGGUCUUUAUGUUUGUCAGUAUUUACUGACGUCACUCAGGCCACUUAAGUUGAUUUCUUCUUUUUUUUAAGUUCUUUUUUAAAAAACUUUCAGUUGUGGUAAAAAAAUAAAUAAAAAGGUGGUUGAAUAAAGGUUUGAAUUUGAUUUUAGUGCCUGUGUGUUCUUUAUUAAAAGUAGGUCAUUAAGCAAUAGCAUAAAACAUCCAGGGCUGCAAUUAAAAUAUAUGUUAAAUAAUUAUAAUAAUUAUAUCGAUAAUUAUCGAUAUCGAUCAAUAUGAUUUAUUUUUUAUCGAUAUGCUUUUUUUCUAUAUCGUCCAGGCCUAGGUGCAGCAUUGAUUUGAAGAAAGGACAACACAGUUCAGACCUUGUAUUGAAAGGGGAUUUAAAGUUAAAGUUUUGAGUUUAGAAGGGCUUCCUGAGGAUUUGGCAUGUCAUUUGAUGGAGGCGACAUUAACCCCAGCUGUAACAUAAGUUUUGUUUUGUAAGUCUCACCACUUAACUAACUCUGAGGAACUUUCCUUCUGUGUCACUUUAGGAGAACCCACUGACAGGACGGAAGGCAGAUGUCAUCAAAGCAGCUCACCUUUGCGCAGAGGCUGCUCUGCGUCUUGUUAAGCCAGGAAACCAGGUAAAACUCUUCACCAUGACUAUUCAACUGACAAACAACAUUACCUGUCUAAUAAAUAUUCCUCUAACAAACACUGUCAUCUCUUUUCUUUCAGAACACACAGGUGACAGAAGCCUGGAACAAGAUUGCAAAGUCAUUCAAGUGCUCCCCUAUCGAGGGUGAGUGUCAGUGAACACCUUCAAGCUCCAGCGGUUUACAGAGGCCAAAUUUAAUUUGACAGGCUUGACUUAGUUUGUCCCUUCAUUUUGUGCAGGCAUGCUGUCCCAUCAGCUAAAACAACACGUGAUUGAUGGGGAGAAGACUAUAAUUCAAAACCCAACGGACCAGCAAAAGUGCGUUCACUCCAUGAGAGAUUCUUUUUUUGCUGACCUGAUAACUGUUGAACCUUUGGAUGACCUUUACAUUUCUCUUUGCAGGAAGGACCAUGAGAAGGCUGAGUUUGAGGUACAUGAAGUGUAUGCAGUGGAUGUGCUGAUAAGCACUGGAGAGGGAAAGGUAGGAGUAAAUACUUUUGUAUAAAUUCACGUUUUGAAACUCCCUGAAAGGCAAUAAAUAAAUAUUUUUGUUUGGAACUAGGCAAAAGAUGCCGGCCAGAGGACCACCGUUUACAAAAGAGACCCUAACAAAGUGUACGGCUUGAAGAUGAAGGCAUCUCGGACAUUCUUCAGCGAGGUGGAGAGACGCUUCGAUACAAUGCCUUUCACUUUGAGGUAGCGUCUCUUCAUUUCACAUCAAACCUUUCAUACUUUUCACUUGAAUGUUAGCCAAAGUUUUACUUACAUUUUCUUUUCUCUGCGUUUUUCUUCUCAGAGCGUUUGAGGAAGAAGGCAAGGCCAGGUUGGGUGUGGUGGAGUGUGCCAAACAUGAGCUGGUGCAGCCGUUCAACGUGCUGCAUGAGAAAGAGGGUGAGUACAACAAUACAGAUACAGAAGGAUUUAAGGGCAUGAAAAAGGAGGAGAGUGUGUACACUUAAAAAAAGGUUUUGUAUUUGUGUGAGAAAAAGAGUAUGAUUUUUGUAAGAUCCUGGAUACAUACUUUCUGAUUCUAUGUCUGCAACUCACCCACUGUCACAUUUUAAUGCAAAUCUACCGCGAAUAAGAGAGAACCGUGGAUGACAAGAAAAAAUUGUAACGGGAAAAAAAAGCUAAUAGGCCUACAGCUCCAUACUAACUUGCAGGAAUGUUCAGACUGUAAAUAUGUAGCCAUACUUCAUUCUAAAACUGAAGCCAUGCCACUGCUUCUUCUAGUCUGCUGAGUGUGUCUCUGCAAUGCCCACUGUCACAGCCACUACCUCUAACUCCUCAUUCACAGGUCAGUAGGUGCUGACCUUUGUUUGGUCCUAUAGUAUCUACAAAAGACAUGCAUUAUGUCUGUUGCAGACAGACAGAGGGCAGAGGAGGGAAACAACAAUGUCAGCAGGUUCAUUUAUAUUUUCUAGUAGUCCUACCAUCACACUGUUGACGGAGCACUUCACAGCGCUGCAACAGAACUGAUGCCAUGAAAUUACCAAAUUAGUUUAAAAAAGGGCACACAUUCUGCAGAAGUGUAAUACUGUUAACAUUAUAUCCUUAGUCUGACAGAUCCCUUUAUAAACUGUGUAAAACCUGCAAUUCCUUGAUUGUACACAAACACAUCAUCACAUUUAUGAAUGUAGCAACACACCUAAAGUUGUGUUUUUGCUUUGCCUAUUUAUAUGUACUUUUCAGUGUAAGUAUGAUUUAAUCUAUGCUUAAGUUUGCAACUCUGAGGACAAUUCACUCUGUCCAUGUAUUUUUAAUGGCACUAAAAUUUCCUCAUUGGUUACAGGCUUGACAGCUGGAAUAUUGUUUAACAUUUUGCUCACCAGGUGAUACUGUUUAACGCAAAUUUCAACUCUAUUUUUUUAGGUGAAUUUGUUGCUCAGUUCAAGUUCACCGUGCUGCUCAUGGCAAACGGACCUCUGCGAAUCACAAACAGUCUCUUUGAGCCAGAACUGUACAAGUCCGAGCAUGAAGUGGAGGACCCUGAGCUGAAGGUAAAACAUAAUUGAUGGAUGUGGUAUUGCAUCAAUUCCUGAAAAUGAGCUUCUAGAUUAACCAGGCCUCUGAAGCAUGCUGCUAGCUGACUAAGCAUUCUCAUCGCCAUUAUUUGUUGAUGUAUGAGGUUCUGCACUCACAAGGUUAUAAAAGUCAUUUUUGACCACUUAUUUCCUAUUUUAAGGCUUUGCUUCAAAGCUCAGCCAGCCGUAAGACCCAGAAGAAGAAGAAAAAGAAGGUGAGUUAAAGGACAAUGCGUUCUAUAGGAAAAACACAAUGAUGCAGGCUCAGAAUUUUUCACCUAUUUACGAUCUCUCUUUUUCUUAAAGGCCUCAAAGACUGUUGAGAGCGCAACAGGACAGGCAAUGGAGACUGAAGCUGCAGAGUAGACUUCUCUGAAAUACUGACCGACAUCUGAUGGCCCCAAAGUACAGACGUCACGAAUCUUUCUGUCCCAGCUGUCUGAGGCACUUGCAGGCAUAGCCGCUGUGAAUACCUCCGAAUCUAAUUGAUGUCAGUCUGGGAUGAUGCUGCUCCUAAAAUUCUGUCACUCCACCUUUAACACGUACACAUGCAUACACGAACAUGUAAAUCACCUGUAAAUCUUACAGUCCUUCAGGCAACCUUUUUCUGUUAAUAAGGGGCACCACUCUGUUACAAAAGAGGAUGUUUUGUGUAAGGGCAUUUACUCUCUGGAACACCAAACCAUUUGACUGAUAUUGGCAUUGAGCCUUCGUCCUUCCAUCCCCAUUAACUGUAGGAAAAGAAAUGGAAAAUUGAAUGAGUUUGACAGAGCAGCCAAGGAUGAAGAAUGCACAAUGCUCUGUCAGUGUAAUUGUGUGGCAUUAAAAAUUAUUUCCUUAACCAGUAGCCAUGGACUUGUGGGCAGAUGUGUAAUGCCUGUCUUGAACCUUGGUGACAUGUCAUUCACACAAAUUAUGAUUGUGUCAUAAUUAUCAUUUAUUUCAGCCUAAUUAUGUUUAUAUAGCUCACGCUUAGGUCCACCUACAGUAGAUUGUGUAUACUUCCAGGCAACUAUUUUAUGUUACUCGACAUACAAUUUCUAAAACCUCUAUAACAUUGUUGAGUACUGAAAGUAGUUAAAAAGAAUUUCUUUUUUCUCAGUUGUGGUCUUAACUCCUGCCAAGGGUUCAGCAUUCAGUCUUCUGGUGCCGCCGCUGAGUCUGACAGUCUGUGUUUACAUGAAGAGUCCAUACCUGUUAGAUUUAUGGAUGCUUUUGUAAAACAUAUCCCAGUUUCAGAGACUAUUUUUGGAAACAUUAAAAAGCCACCUGACAUCAUUUAUGUCUUGGUCUGAUUAUUUUCCUGCUGAGUGAAUGUUUUUUUUUUUUUUUAACAGUUUUAAGAGUUGACAUGGUUGGUUUACUCUUGUUGUAUUGUGUUUGUCCAGAGUCAAGUAAGAGAUUGAAAAAUAUGAGCCAGCAAACAUUAAACGGGACUUUUAGAGAAGGACAUACUUGUGGCCAAUGACUUAUACUAGUAUAGAAACAGUAUGGAGCCUAAUACAUGGGAAGCUGUAGCUUAAAAAUAACGAGGCUUUAAAUGAAGUUCAGGAAAUUUGAGAAAUCGCUGCAUAUCUUGUGAAUUUUACGUCUGAAUUUCAAA